CUUGCGACAUCGACUGCAACAGCAUUUCGACGACUGCUAGUCAACUAGUCAUGUAAAAUCGCAGGAAGUGUGCUGUGAACGCUGAAACUCCGUUUUUCGUUUGUUAUCGCAACGGUUUUCGGUUAUAUUACCUACCUACAAGUUGUUUAGUGUGGUGGCAUUUUGAGUAGCGAAGGUGAAUAACGAUGAAGGUGCGGAGGUUAUUGAAACGAAGAAAGGAAUGCGAAGAGCACUAACGGCGAAUUCCGACGUAAUAAUAGGUACUCUCCAUGGAAAUGUAGUACAGUCAGAGAAGUGCAGGUACCUACCCAGACGUUCCGUCGGAUGGCCCUGAAUGAGCAACGCGAGCGGAGGUACCGUCGAAGUCGAUGGCAGGGCGGUGUUGCAGCUGGCGGCAGCCGAGGGCGACGAAGAGGCGGUGCGGCUCGCGCUGGCCAGAGGAGCGAACGUCAACAGCCAGGACAGCGUGCACGGCAACACCGCCCAGCACGAGGCCUCCUGGAAGGGGUACAGCCGGACGGUGCGGCUGCUGGCUGCUGCCGGAGCUGACCUCGACAAGCGCAACGUUGCCGGCUUCACCGCUCUCCACCUCAGCUGCCAGAACGGGCACAACCAGUCGUGCAGGGAGCUGCUUUUGGCAGGCUGCAACCCGGACGUCCAGAACAGUUACGGAGAUACCGCCUUGCACACUGCUGCUAGAUACGGCCAUGCGGGCGUCACGCGCAUCCUGAUAUCCGCCCAGUGCCGCGUUUCCGAGCAAAACAAGAACGGCGACACGGCCCUGCACGUGGCGGCGGCGAUGGGCAGGCGCAAGCUCACCAGAAUCCUGCUAGAGGCGGGCUGCGAUAUGCGCGUGCGCAACAAGCAGAACGAGACGGCCGGGGACAUCGCGCUCAGGAAGAACCUGGUCGAGAUCCUGGAUAUACUGGACCGAGGCAGGUCUGGCGCAGACAGGAAGGGGAAGGGGAAGAAGAGCAGGGCGGUCAAGGGGCGAGUGAAGUUCGAGAAGGUGGGGAAAGAUGCUGUAGAUGCCCAUGAUGAAAGUAAACCUUGGUCUCCAUAUGGUUGUCAUUAUUUUCCGGAUAGCAAGAAUUUUCCAUCUCCUAAAUUGGAUUCCCUUCCCAACGAACCACUGAAGAAAGGAGAACAGUAUUAUUUGGAUCUUGCGGGCAACAUUUGCAAGGGCCCCAUAGGCGUCGGCUACACCUGCUACUGCGCCCCCCUCUUCCGGCAUCUAGAGGCGCGCGUGGAGAGGGACAAGAAGGAGCUGCAGCGCGCGCACUUCCGGCUGCGGCAGCGCGUCAUCGGGCUGGAGCAGCGGCUGAAGCGGGGGCAGCACGCGAGGCGGUCGGAGCGGGUGGUUGGCAGCAGGGAGCGGGGCAUGGAGCGGUCGCUGCCGCGGUCCAGGAGUCUGGAGAUGCUGUACAGGAUGGACGGGCCUCCGAUGCAAACGACGAGGAGUAUGGACGAGCUAGAACCACCCGCCGACAACUCCGAAGACACCCAACGCCCCUCAGUCAAGGAACUAGUAGCCAGGAUCCAACACCUGAACGUCACCACCACGAACGGCAACGAGAGCGAGAGCAGCGACGAGGAAGACGUGCCCCAAAGGCGCAAACAGCCGCCCCACGCUCCAGACCUCGCCCCGCCAGACUUCCCCGCCGAAGCCCCUCCCAGGAGCAGAAGCGGCGUGUAUAGCCCCACGGGGACCCAAGUGCCUCGGUACAUCGAGCCUGUGGUGGAGAUCAGGACUUACGAUCAGAGCAAGCGGGUUCCGAUGUACCGCACGGACCUCGGGUUCGUGGAGCCCUACAAAAUCCAGUAUUACGAUAGCGCGGCAACAGGUGAGAACGUUAGUACCGGCUUCGCGGAGAGACGUGUUUUGACUAGCGCGAAAGUGUACGACAGUGAAGCGGGGACAUCUAGUAGGCUGGGCAUGAACUAUGCGGCGAACGUGCAGGAUAACGUCGAUCGGGACACUAAUAACGAUUCGGGGUAUUCGACGAAGGUGUACGGGAGUUCUAAGGGAAACUCUCCUAGUUUGUGCGGGGGGAAGAUCGAGGGAGAGUGCCUCGGGGCUUCCAGUUUAGUUUGAGGAGAAGAGAUUCAUUAUAUAUUUUGUUUUCAAUUUGUUUCUUAAAAGACGAAGUUUUGAUUAAAGAAUUAUUAAAGUCC